UUUAGUCUGGUCUUGGAUAUUUUUUUUUUCUUUAAACAUACAUUAUAUACAUAUAUAUAAUUCCCAGACAGAAGCAGAUUUUCGCUGUGUUUUUGAAUCCAGCUUAUUUUUUUCUCCCUCUGCGUUAACGGAUGUGAGGCGGUUGGACCGAGGCUCGCGUGCCAAUCCCGCGGAGUUUAGACGGUCUCUCACGGGGGCUCUGUAGCCGUAUUGUGCGUCAUCUCCAUCGCUGCCGUUCUCUUAUUUUUCUCCGCUGAGGAAACAUGGCAACUCCCGCCGCGGUCAACCCGUCCGAGAUGGGCAGUGAGUUGCCAGGGACAGUAGGGAUGCCGGGAGCAGUUGGAGCUGGCCAGGUGAGGAUGGGAGGAACCGUGCCGGGCCGCGGGGGCAAGAGGAGAUCAGGAGGAAUGGACUUUGAUGACGAAGACGGAGAGGGACCUAGCAAAUUUUCAAGGUAUGAUGAUGAUCAGAUUCCUGGUGGGGAUAAGGAGAGAUACGCCAGAGAGAACCACAGUGAGAUCGAGCGACGCCGGCGCAACAAAAUGACCCAGUACAUCACCGAGCUGUCAGACAUGGUCCCUACCUGCAGCGCCUUAGCCCGGAAACCCGAUAAACUGACCAUCCUGCGUAUGGCUGUGUCCCACAUGAAAUCCAUGAGGGGCACUGGCAACACGUCCACUGACGGGGCCUAUAAGCCCUCCUUUCUCACUGAACAGGAACUGAAACAUUUGAUCCUGGAGGCAGCGGACGGCUUCCUGUUUGUGGUUGCUGCGGAGACGGGCCGUGUGAUCUACGUGUCGGACUCGGUGACGCCGGUCCUGAACCAUCCCCAGUCAGAGUGGUUUGGCAGCACUCUCUAUGAACAGGUCCACCCUGACGAUGUGGACAAGCUGAGGGAACAGCUCAGCACCUCAGAAAACUCCAUGACAGGACGGAUUCUGGACCUGAAGACGGGGACAGUGAAGAAGGAGGGACAGCAGUCCUCCAUGAGGAUGUGCAUGGGCUCCCGACGCUCCUUCAUCUGCCGCAUGAGGUGUGGCAAUGCUCCUCUGGAUCACAUCUCCCUGAACCGUCUAUCUAACAUGAGGAAGAGAUACAGGAAUGGGCUUGGACCCUCAAAAGAAGGAGAAGCUCAGUAUUCUGUGGUGCAUUGCACUGGCUACAUCAAAGCCUGGCCCCCUGCAGGUAUGACUAUACCAGAAGAAGAUACAGAGGCAGGCCAAACCGGAAAAUACUGCCUAGUGGCCAUCGGACGACUGCAGGUGACCAGCUCUCCGGUCUCCAUGGAUAUGAACGGCCUGUCGGUGCCCACAGAGUUCCUGUCCCGUCACAACUCGGAUGGUGUCAUCACUUUCGUUGAUCCGCGCUGCAUCAACGUCAUUGGUUAUCAGCCUCAGGACCUGCUGGGAAAAGAUAUUCUGGAGUUCUGCCAUCCUGAGGACCAGAGUCACCUGAGAGAAAGUUUCCAGCAGGUGGUGAAGUUGAAGGGCCAGGUUCUGUCAGUGAUGUAUCGUUUCCGGAUGAAGAACAGGGAGUGGAUGUUGAUCCGAACGAGCAGCUUCACCUUCCAAAACCCGUACUCUGAUGAGAUAGAGUACAUCAUCUGCACCAACACCAACGUCAAGCAGCUACAGCAGCAGCAGCAGGCAGAGCUGGAGGUUCACCAGAGAGAUGGACUGACUGCUUACGAUCUUUCCCAGGUGCCUGUGGCCAGCGUCAGCAGUGGAGUCCAUGAGGCAGGAAAGAGCAUCGACAAGACAGAGGCCCUGUUCUCCCAGGAGAGAGACCCACGCUUCGCUGAGAUGUACACCGGCAUCUCUGGCUCGGGAGAUAAGAAGAUGAUGGUUCCUUCCUCUACAGCUGGAGGACAGCAGCUCUACUCCCAGAGCUCUCCUUUCCAGCAGGGACACUCUGGCAAAAGCUUCAGUUCCUCUGUGAUCCAUGUCCCAGGUGUGAAUGACAUCCAACCGUCAGGCUCAUCCAAUCAGAAUCUAGCUCAGAUUUCCAGACAGCUCAACCCAGGCCAGGUGGCAUGGUCAGGCAACCGACCCCCCUUCUCUGGACAGUCCAGUAAAGCCCAGUCCAGUCCAUUUGGUAUUGGUUCCGGUCACAGCUACCAGACCGACCCGGCCUCAUACAGUCCCCUGUCAUCGCCGGCCACUUCCUCUCCCAGCGGCAACGCCUACUCAGGACUGACAAACCGCAGCACAGCUUUUGAUGUGUCGGGGGAAAGCAGUCAAAGUGGAGCCCAGUUCCAGGGUCGUCCCAGUGAAGUCUGGUCCCAGUGGCAGAACCAACAUCACUCCCAGCAGGCUGGGGAACAGCACACACACCCCAACCCCAGCCAGACAGAGGUCUUCCAGGACAUGUUACCCAUGGCUGGAGAUCCCACCCAGGGAACAGCCAACUACAACAUAGAGGACUUUGCUGACCUCGGCAUGUUCCCGCCCUUCUCUGAGUAAUACAGUGCUCUCUCCAUGUCUGUCCCUCUCAGACCUGGACUGAUGUUUGCAUUCAUCUCUCAUGUUCUGUCUCAUCUUUCUGCAUUACUGGUCAAACGUUUUAGAACACCCCCAUUUAUCCAGUUUUUACUGACAUUUCAGCCGCUCAGUCCAGUGAAUCACCUUAAAUGGUACAAAGGUCAGCAGUAAUCUGCCCGAGGUAUAAAAACAACAAAAAGUUUAGGUCAACAAAAGUGAAAAACUGUAAAUUUCAUAGAAACAGGUCUUUUUCAGGGAGCUUCAUCCUACAGAGAGACAAUGACCCAAAACAUUAGAAGAACAGAACCAGACGGAGGCGUCACAUGAUGAAGAGCAGCACAGUCUGAGCUGGUUUGGGAUGAACUGGACAGAAGGUGGAAGAAAAAGUGCAGAAACUUCUGCAGCAGUGUUAGAACAAACGUCAUGAGUGUGUUUGGUCGAUGAAUGAAUCAAAAGGUUUGGGUUAAAUUCAGCUGAAGAUGAUUCCAUGAUUCUUUUUAUCGCUCUUUUUUAUUUAUUUGUUCUGUGCUUUAGUUCCAGAAACACUGAGACGUCACUUUGUAAAUGUCAGUAAGAGCUGGUAAAAUGGGAGGUGUUGUAAAAGUUUACCGUAGCAGUGUAGCUCGCUGGAUCACCAACACAAGGCUUGAGGUGCGGCACGGUGAAUGUCUGGGUGCACUUGUUCAUUCGCACACAUACAAACACACACACACACACACACAGUCCACAAAUGUUUGGGCUCCAGGGGCCUUCAAGUCUGUAUCUGUGAAAGUACACAUACCUCAUCGCUGUAAAGAGGAGCACUGCUGUCGGAUGGAGGGAACAUCAGUCAGCCUGUACCUGCUCACUGACACGGUUCAGCUCUCUGCAGUCAGCGUCAGCAGGACCGGAGGAAGUCGGUCAGCAGGUUACAUUUGUCCCCACUGAUAAGAUUUUACAUUUCCCCUCUUCCCUUUGUCCACAUGACAUCGUUUUUGUCAGCUGUUCCCACAGACAACCACAACAUGACUGUUCCAGCUAUGUACAGAGCCACAUGUCUGCAUCCACAUCUGUUAUGGAGUGUAUCAGCGUUUAUUUCCAAGGUGGAAUAAUUACAUGUGAAGCUCUGUCAUGCAGUAAUACACAGGGUGAUUCUAUCAUUCAUUCAUUGACAUGGCUCCUGAGCAGCUGCAUAGCAUCGCGUUUUAAUGCUGUGCAGAAAAAUGAAAGCUUGUGUCUGUACAGCUGAAACAUUCUGCAGGAACUCUGUGUUUAUUGACCCAACAGCACAUGUGUUAUUAGAUGAUUUAACAUCUCAGUCUUGGGGAUGGUGCUGAUGUGGAGCUGUGAAUAGUCUAAGUAACACCGUGAUAAUUCAUCUGUGGAGGAAUUCAGGUCUGUGCUGCUCCCAGUUUCUGAGAGUUCUUACUCCACUGGGAUUAUGACUGAGGAGAAGCUGUAAAACACAUGACUGACUCUGCUGCGGUGUGAGCACACAGGUUAAUACAUGGUCACCAUCAGUGAGUAGGCUGUCACAGCUCACACGCGUUAUUAUGGGAUGUUAUCGUGCCAAAUGAAGAGCCAUGAACCAGCCUGCUUUAUGUUCAGCUGAAGUCUCGGUGCAGCAGCACCAAUAGGAUCUAUAGGCUAGCAGGUGAGCAGUCACCUCCUCUGUUAAUGCCUGCAGUGACUGUAGAGACAGUCCACAACACCAUUGUUGUACACGCCAAGACGUCCCAACACAACCUGUGUCCACAGACACACAGAGGGAUUUAAGAUGUGUUGAAGAUGUUCCCCUCCAUCUGCCCGGUGCGGCCUCUCCUCUCUGCCAUCACUGAUUCUGCCAAACAGCAGCAGGAGAGGAGACACUUCUCACCUCCACCUGCUGCUGUCCUCACUCUCUCCAUCAACCUUAUUGUGUAAACUUAUGUGUAGUGACGUCCACAACUUUAGACAAAAACCCGUGACGCGAGUACAGAAGGAUUCUGUGUAUAAAUGAAACAAAAGUUUAAAAAAAAAAAAAAGAAAAGGAAAAAAAAAAGACUCAUUGCAGACAGUUGCUAAGCUAAGGCUUAAAGUGCACUUCAUGAAGCUAACUGCUAAUCUCACCAGCCUGCUUUAAAAGGGAAAAACCGCCAUACCGUCCAAGCAAAGCGCAGUAUUUACUAGUGUAUUUGGUGUUCUUCAGCUCUCGCUACCUGACUUAAUUACUUUAUAAUCUUUUCAACUAUUAAGAGACUGAAUAAUACUUUAUAGUAGGGGAGCUUUUACAUGAUAGAUUGUAUAAUGUCUCUGACAGGCGGAUGGGAGAACCUUGAACAGACAUCGAGUCCUUUUGCUAAAGAUCUCAAAUUGAUGUUUUUUUGUAAAUAAUGUGAUUUUUAUGUCGACUCGUGUUACUUUCACACAGUACAUGUUUUUUGUGUAGGUUUUAAUGAUAUUGUGUGCAAUGUGAGUACGUAUUUAACUAUUGGUAUUUAGUUAGUCUGUUAAUUGUACAUUGAGUUCUAGACCUGUACAAAAUUGUGUAAAUGUGACCCAUUAUUUUUGUGUAACAAAUUGUGCUUGUGACAAUAAAUUCUUAUUGGUUACGUGGCUUCCA